UGGCUGCUUCCUCAAAUGGCUCUCGGAUUCAUCACUCGCUUACCGGCAGUCUUCGCUAGCAGGAGCAUCGUCAGCCAUUGCAGUGCAUAUCGGACAGUUCCGUCGUUUUCCGGAGGUUAUUUAGUGCAGCAAGUGUGCAAUUACGCCAAAAAAGUUAACAUGGGUCUGCCGCGUUGUUUCUUCGAUCUGACUGCUGAUGGAAGUCCACUUGGAAGGGUUGUAAUCGAGCUUCGUUCCGAUGUGACUCCGAAGACGUGCGAAAACUUUCGUGCUUUGUGCACCGGAGAGAAGGGAUUCGGCUACAAGGGCUCCACAUUCCACCGUGUGAUUCCCAAUUUCAUGUGCCAGGGAGGUGAUUUCCAAAACCACAACGGAACCGGAGGAAAGUCCAUUUAUGGCAAUAAGUUCGAGGAUGAGAACUUCACCCUAAAGCACACGGGACCCGGUAUUAUGUCGAUGGCUAAUGCUGGCCCCAAUACAAACGGUUCUCAAUUCUUUAUCACCACUGUGAAAACUUCGUGGUUGGAUGACCGCCACGUUGUUUUCGGAAGCGUUGUUGAGGGAAUGGAUGUCAUUCGAAAGGUUGAGUCCUGUGGAAACCAAUCGGGCAAGACCAGCAAGCAGAUUGUUGUUGCUAACUGUGGACAGCUGUAAUUUUUUAACCCCACUAAUAGUUAAAAUGAAAUUCCCUUGCACAUGAUCAUGAAAAAUUGUAAUUUUCAUCCAUUCGAUUUUUGAUUUUCCUUUGUUACGUAUUUAACAAGAGUUAAAUUUUGUUUAUUAUGAAUAGGCAGGACACUAAUUGCAAACUCGUACAAUCUAAAUGCAUUUCGUUUUUUGAAUUGAUAAAAAAUAAUUCACCGGAAAUUCCCAUGUAACUGUUAGCGUGCUGCAAAACAAAAAAAUAACGAAACCAAUCGUUCCAAAAAUAAAUGUGUAAGACUGCGUUCUCUAUCGCGGUUGUUCUAUUUUAUAAUUGAACAAGAAAGUCCCGUAUUUUCUAUCACCAUUGGAUUACUUUGCCCUCUUCAAUAGUGGUGUGUAAGAAAGAACUGACAGGAUGCUACUCGCUGUAGGGUUGAGAUGUGGUGACGUAAGAUUUUAGACUGUUCUUUGGAAAAUCGUUCGUAUCCAAGCGUGAAUCUACUAAGCUUUUAGCUCUAAAUGGUAACAAUUUAGCAAUAAAACAAGAAAAAGUCCAAUAAACUAUCGUUUAAACCAAAA